CUCUCUCUCUCUCUCUCUCUCUCUCUCUCUCUCUCUCUCUGCGCAAACUUGACCAGUGACCAUCUUCGCUUGGCAUCUAUGGCGCCCGAACUUGUGCCCGCCUCGGUGAAGCCCGUCGCCAAGCCUCUGACGCUGUCCCGGGCCUUCGUGACGUUCUUGGCCGGCAACAAGGACUACGUGAAGGGCGUGGUCGGGCUUGCCAAAGGGCUGAGGAAGGCGAAGUCGGCGUACCCGCUGGUGGUAGCCAUCUUGCCGGACGUGCCGGCGGAGCACCGGCAGAUCCUAGUGGAUCAGGGGUGCGUGGUCCGGGAGAUCGAGCCGGUGUACCCGCCCGAGAACCAGACCCAGUUCGCCAUGGCGUAUUACGUCAUCAACUAUUCCAAGCUCCGUAUUUGGGAGUUCGUGGAGUACAGCAAGAUGAUAUAUCUGGACGGCGACAUCCAGGUGUUCGACAACAUCGACCACCUGUUCGACAUGGAGGACGGCUACUUCUACGCCGUGAUGGAUUGCUUCUGCGAGAAGACGUGGAGCCACACCCCGCAGUACGCUAUCGGGUACUGCCAGCAGUGCCCCGACAAGGUCCGCUGGCCCGGCGCCGAGCUGGGCCCGCCCCCGUCCCUCUACUUCAACGCUGGCAUGUUCGUGUACGAGCCCAGCCUCGCGACCUACAACGAUCUCCUGAGCACCGUCAAGAUCACCCCUCCCACCCCGUUCGCGGAGCAGGACUUCUUGAACACGUACUUCGGGAAAGUAUACAGGCCAAUCCCAAAUGUGUACAACCUCGUCCUGGCGAUGCUGUGGCGUCACCCGGAGAACGUCGAGCUGGAGAAGGUGAAGGUCGUCCACUACUGCGCGGCGGGUUCGAAGCCAUGGAGGUACACCGGGAAGGAGGAGAACAUGGAGAGAGAGGACAUCAAGAUGCUGGUCAAGAAAUGGUGGGACAUCUACGAAGACGAGUCCCUCGACUACAAGAACUGCCCUCAAGCGGCGGCAGCGGUGGCGGCCGAGGUGGAGGCCAAGCAGGUCAACAUGGAGCCGUUCAUCGCGGCCCUGUCGGAAGCCGGCACGGUGCAGUUCGUCACGGCGCCUUCUGCGGCCUAGAACGGCUCGGAUCCCUGGCCAAUAGGACAUUUUAUGCAACUUACUUAUAUGCUCCGAACUGUAAAAACUGCUGUCUAGGAAGUGAACUAAGAAUUUUCCUCUAUGACA